AUGGAUGUGAGUAAUCUGUACACGACCAGUUUUAGCCAGAGAAGAAGCUCUUCAGCCUGGAGCAACAACGGGCCGGAGGUGUUUUCAAGCUCGGCCCGUGAGGAGGACGACGAAGAGGCUCUCAAGUGGGCCGCGCUCGAGAAGCUUCCCACUUUCGACCGGCUUAGGAAGGGCCUUUUGUUCGGGUCGAGAGGGGACGUCAAUGAGGUUGAGGUCCAGAAUCUCGGAAAUCAAGAUAGGGUGAAUUUGCUUGAGAGGCUUGUUAAGGAAGAAGAUAAUGAGAAGUUCUUGUUUAAGCUCAAGAAUAGAAUGGAUAGGGUGGGGAUUGAAUUACCUACAAUUGAAGUUAGAUUUGAGAACCUAAAAGUGGAAACAGAAGCAUAUGUUGGGAGCAGGGCUUUGCCUUCUUUCAUGAAUUUUUUCACAAAUAUUUUGGAGGAAAUAUCAAGCAAUAUUCUUCAUAUACUUCCAAGCAAGAAGAAGCCAUUGACAAUCUUAAACAGUGUUAGUGGAAUCAUAAAGCCUGGCCGCAUGACCCUUCUACUAGGCCCUCCAAGUUCUGGAAAGACCACACUUUUGUUGGCUAUGGCUGGGAUGCUUGAUCCUCAAUUGAAGUUUUCUGGUGGAAGUGUGAGAUAUAAUGGACAUGGGAUGAAAGAAUUUAUAGCCCAAAGGACAGCAGCUUAUGUAAGCCAACAUGAUGUUCAUAUUGGAGAAAUGACUGUAAGAGAAACUUUAGCCUUCUCUGCAAGAUGUCAAGGAGUUGGAACCAAUCAUGAAAUGCUAGCAGAGUUGUCAAGGAGGGAAAAACAAGCAAAUAUAAAGCCUGAUCCUGAUGUUGAUGUAUACAUGAAAGCAGCAGCCAUAGAAGGUCAAGAAGCUAGCAUUGUGACUGAUUAUGUUCUCAAGAUAUUGGGAUUGGACAUUUGUGCUGAUACAGUUGUAGGAAAUGAAAUGAUUAGGGGCAUCUCCGGUGGGCAGCGAAAGCGUGUCACCACUGGUGAGAUGCUGGUGGGACCUGCAAAAGCGCUUUUCAUGGACGAGAUAUCAACCGGGCUGGACAGCUCAACUACCUUCCAGGUCGUGAACUCGAUCAGACAGUUUGUCCACAUCAUGAAAGGGACUGUUCUGAUUUCACUCCUGCAGCCGGAGCCUGAGACGUACGAUCUGUUUGACGAUAUAAUUCUUAUAUCUGAAGGGCAGAUUGUUUAUGCGGGCCCACGCGAGUUUGUGCUCGAGUUCUUCCAGUCCAUGGGUUUCAAAUGUCCUGAGAGAAAAGGGAUUGCUGACUUCUUGCAAGAAGUUACAUCCAAGAAAGACCAGCAGCAAUAUUUUGCAGACAAGGAUAAGCGGUACAGGUUUAUUACGGUUAAAGAAUUUUCAGAGGCAUUCAAGUCGUUUCAUGUGGGGCAGGGACUGACGGCCGAGAUGGCAAUCCCAUUUGACAAGAAAAAAAGCCACCCGGCUGCUUUAACGACAAAAGAAUAUGGUGUCAGCAAAAAGGAGCUCAUCAAAGCUUGUACAUCCAGAGAGCUUUUGCUGAUGAAAAGAAAUUCUUUUGUUUAUAUAUUCAAGCUAUUACAGCUUUCCUUAAUGGCUGUCAUAGCAAUGACACUUUUCCUUCGAGUUAAGAUGCACCACCACAGCCUAUCUGAUGGAAGAGUAUUUGCUGGCGCCUUAUUUUACGCUGCCACCACUGUCCUUUUUAAUGGCAUGGCGGAGAUAGCAUUGACCAUUCAGAAGCUUCCGGUCUUCUACAAGCAAAGGAAUUUCUUCUUUUACCCCGGGUGGGCUUAUGCUCUUCCCCUGUGGAUAACAAAAAUACCGGCCAGCAUUGUUGAAGUGGGCGCCUUCACGAUACUCACUUACUAUGGGAUUGGAUUUGAUCCCAAUUUCGGAAGAUUUAUCAAGUAUUUCUUUCUGCUCUUAUUUGAAAUUCAAGCGGCAUCCUCAGUGUUCCGGUUGAUUGGUGCAAUGGGUAGGAACAUUAUAAUAGCCAACACAGUCGGGUUCUUUGUUUUGCUUCUAGUUUUUGCGCUGGGCGGUUUUGUCCUUUCGAGAGAUAGUAUAAAGAAGUGGUGGAUAUGGGGCUACUAUAUCUCCCCCAUGAUGUACACGCUGAAUGCAAUUCUGGUGAAUGAAUUCAGAGGUCACAGCUGGAGUCACAAGGUAUCACCAAGCUCGAAUAUAACUCUUGGAGUGGAGGUUUUGAAGUCUUUGGGAUAUUUUACGAGCGCAGACUGGUACUGGAUUGGAAUAGGAGCAUUGUUAGGCAUGAUAAUUAUAUUCAACGUCUUGUCUGCCAUCGCUCUAACUUAUCUCAACCCUCUAGGAAAACCUCAAGCUGUACUGCCAGAAAAUGAUAAUGAGGCCUUAACUGCACAAAAUGCUGAUCGAAAGCAGAGGCAAGUUGUUCUUCCUUUCGAACCACAUUCCAUAGUGUUUGACGAGAUCAAGUACUCUGUUGACAUGCCACAGGAAAUGAUACACCAAGGAGCUACCGAGGACCGAUUACUGCUCCUGAAGAGUGUGAGUGGAGCUUUCAGGCCAGGGGUGCUAACUGCUCUUAUGGGAGUCAGUGGGGCCGGCAAAACCACACUCAUGGAUGUGUUGGCGGGUCGGAAAACGGGCGGGUAUAUCGAAGGAACUAUCACGAUCUCUGGCUAUCCGAAAAGGCAGGAGACAUUUGCUCGUAUUUCUGGAUACUGUGAACAGAACGAUAUUCAUUCGCCUUGUGUUACGGUUUACGAGGCAUUGCUUUUCUCGGCUUGGCUACGUUUACCGUCUGAAAUGGAUGCUGAGACCAGAAAGGCAUUUGUAGAGAAUGUGAUGGAACUCGUAGAACUCUCUCCACUAAGAGGAGGCCUAGUCGGUUUACCAGGGGUAAAUGGUCUCUCGACCGAGCAGAGGAAGAGGCUUACAAUAGCAGUCGAGCUCGUUGCAAACCCAUCCAUAAUUUUUAUGGACGAGCCAACUUCGGGCCUUGAUGCACGGGCUGCUGCAAUCGUGAUGAGAACAGUUAGGAACACAGUCGACACAGGAAGAACAGUUGUUUGCACCAUCCAUCAACCUAGCAUUGACAUUUUUGAGGCAUUUGAUGAGCUGUUUUUGAUGAAGAGAGGGGGGCAAGAGAUAUAUGUGGGGCCAGUGGGCCGACAUUCGCGCAAUUUGAUUCAGUACUUUGAGGGUAUACAAGGAGUUAAAAAGAUCAGGGAUGGCUAUAAUCCAGCAACAUGGAUGCUCGAGGUUACAUCCUCAGCUCAAGAAAUGAUCUUAGGUGUUGAUUUUGCUGAAUUUUACAAAAAUUCAGAACUUUACAGGAGAAAUAAAGCUCUCAUAAGUGAGUUAAGCACACCUCCUCCUGGCUCAAAGGACCUCCACUUUGAAACUCAGUAUUCUCAGUCCUUUUUCACUCAGUGCAUUGCAUGCUUAUGGAAACAACACUGGUCAUAUUGGCGCAAUCCUCUUUAUUCUGCUGUACGAAUUUUGUAUACAGCGUUUUUGGCUCUCCUGUUUGGGUCCAUGUUCUGGGAUCUUGGCAAGAAAUUGGGUAAUCAGCAGGACAUCUUUAAUGCAAUGGGCUCCAUGUAUGCCUCUGUUUUCUUUCUGGGUGUCCAGAUUGCCUCAUCGGUACAACCUGUGGUGGCUGUUGAACGAGCUGUUUUUUACCGAGAAAGGGCCGCGGGCUUCUACUCCGCCUUACCAUAUGCAUUCGGACAGGCUUUGAUCGAGGUCCCUUACGCUUUUGCUCAGGCCAUAAUAUACGGUACCAUUGUGUACGCAAUGAUUGGUUUCGAGUGGACGGCGGCCAAAUACUUUUGGUACAUAUUUUUCAUGUUCUUUUCGCUGCUUUACUUCGUCUUCUACGGCAUGAUGGCCGUGGCAGUCACCCCAAAUCACCACAUUGCCAACAUCAUAUCCUACUCGUUUUAUGCCUUAUGGAACCUCUUCUCUGGAUUUGUGAUCCCAAGGCCGAGGACACCUGUAUGGUGGAGAUGGUUCCAUUGGGUGAAUCCCGUGGCAUGGACACUUUAUGGCUUGGUCGCAUCACAGUUUGGAGAUGUUAAAGAUAAGUUAGACUCGAAGCAAACUGUUGAGGAAUUUGUGAGGAGUUACUUUGGGUUCAGACACGAUUUUAUCGGCGUGGUUGCUGUUGUCAUUACCGGAUUUGGAGUCGUUUUUGGUUUGAUUUUCGCAUUUGCAGUAAGAUCAUUCAAUUUCCAGAAACGAUAG